AUGAAUAUUAAAAAUGAUAUUGUGGUUGAUAGUAAGAAAACUGCAAAUACGGAUGCUUUUAAAAAAGACGAAACAUCGUUAACCACGGUGAAGAAAUACAGCACACCAUCCAUUGAGGAUAGGAUUUCCAAAUUUAAUGAUGUACGAGUGACGAAAGGGAAAGAUGAUUCAGAAAAUAAAUUGAAGCAUGUGCAAAAACUCCCACUUUUGACAAUCAAAAAUGGUAAAGGUGUCCAAGAUACUAGUGACAAUAAUCUGUGGGAUAUAGUGGAGCGCUCACCAACUGUAAAAAACAAUGCAAGUGUUAACAUAGAUAGUACAAGUAAUGGAACAGAGGUUAUCGAGAAAGACGAGCAGAAUCUGGAUAAUGCAGAGCAAAGGAUGUUAGAGGCUGCAGCUAAAGCUGAUAUACAGUACAUGGAAUCAUCGUUAUCGUCUGACAGUACAUUGUAUAAUAUUCAUGAUGAUCGAGGCAAUACAAUCCUACAUAUUGUGUGCAAGUUUGGACAUAUGGAUUGUCUACAGUGGUUAGUGAAAAAUACUUUAUGCCGUGAAUUGGUGUUGUUAGAUAAUGAUGAUGUACAGACACCAGCAAUUGUUGCUGUUAAGCACGGCAAACUUGAAUGCCUGCAGUGGUUGGUACUGGAAACUGGAGUAAAGAAACAACUAACAAAUGAAGUCAAUCAACCAGUUCUUCUACAUCAAGCUGCCAGGUUUGGACAAGAACAGUGUUUACGCUGGUUGCUAGGAUACAUGCAGAUGCAGGACCUAUCCAUUGAUGUCACUGAUCCCCAUGGUAACACUGCUGCUCAUCUUGCUGCCAAAUAUGGGCAUUUAUCUUGUUUACAGACACUGGUUGAGUUUAAUGCUGAUAUUACUGCCACUAAUAAGAAGGGACACACGGCGUGUAAAGUUGCAGCCAAUCACCACCAUGAUACAAGUGCACAGUUCUUAAUAGUAGUAGAGUCGUGUAUUACACUUGCAGAACAAGUUACUGGAUUUAGGAAAGAACUCCGAGA